CCGAGCUGCCAGCCCUGAUGACUGACCGGAGUUAAAACCGUAGAAGAAGACCGUUCCCCCACGUGAGAACAUGCCUGCUCCGGGAGGAAAGAUAAACAGACCGAAAACUGAGCUGAGGAGGAAUCUGUGUAAGCGUCGGCGGGUUCUGAGCAGAGAGAAGAGGAAGAGGCAUCUGAUCACAGGACACAUCAUGGAUGCGGGACUCAUCACCAAGCAUCACCUGAAGAAGAGGAAGUCGAGUGCGCGUGCGAACAUCACGCUGUCGGGGAAGAAGAAGAGGAAGCUGAUCAAGCAGCUCCAGCACAUGCAGAACGAGAAGAGCAUCAUGGAGGCUGAGACCACAGUAGCGGUACCACAGAAGAAGAGUCAGGAGUCUGCUCCGAGCCAGAAGAACACAAACAAGAAGAAGAAAUCAUCAGCGGGAGCUCAGGGGGACGUGGAGAUGGGCGUCAUCGAGUAAAGAGAGAAGAAGACGAUUAAAUAUGGACUGAAAUACAACAAGUUUCUCCGUUUGUCUCCAGAGAUCUGCUGCUGUGUUUUCAGCAGACGAGGAAGAGGAAGAGACUGAGAGACGAAGGAGAGAGCGGUAACACCAGGAAAACUUUGGAUUAUAAUCAAUAAGAAAACGCGAUUUAAGGCGAAAAAAGUCAAAAAGUAUUGAGAUAUUUGUCUCGUUGUGGCUGUUUAAGAUCCUUAAAAUGUUGUUUUAAUAAACAUUUCCUGUAACCAGCGACUUUCUUAUUC